CUUUACCAUUUCCAUUUGUAGAUUUUAGUAGUUCGCUAACCAUGUCCUCAGUUCAGCUUCUGAGAGAGUUUAUCAGAGAGCGACUAACUGCUGCUGCCGAUGAAAUCUUGACAGAGUUUGAAAAAGUAAUCUUUCGGUAUGAAGAAGAUAUCAGACUGUUGGAAACCACCUCGCCUCAGACAAAACCCUCCAACAUUGACCUCUCAAAGCUGCUUGUCAUCAAUAAGGACUUAUUUGCCACCCAACAGCUCUCUAACCAGGGAAGGAGUUCCAGACAUGACCAGCAGGAGGCAGAGCCUGUUAGAAAUGAAGAACAAAAGAUGGAGCCUGAUCAUUCUCUGACUGAAAAGCAAGGGGAACAGCAUCCUCUAUGGAUUAAAGAGGAAGAGGAGGAUUCAGAACUAAUCAAAGAAGAAAUUGAGGAGCCAGAAUCUUCUCGGACUGAAGAGGAACAGAAUGAACCAGAAUCUAUAAAGCCUGUUACAAAGAAACUGUCUUUCAAAUGUGUCAUUUGUGGCAGAUCCUUUAGGAGGGAGGCAGACUUAAAAGAGCAUCAAGGAACACACACUGGAGAAAGACCCUUUUCAUGUCAGACAUGUGGAAAACAAUUUUCUCAUAUCCAAGGUUUUAAGAAUCACAAGAGAGCCCACACUGGAAAGCGGCCUUUUCUUUGUCAGACAUGCGGCAAAACCUUCUCUCAAAAAAGUCAUUUGCGUGAUCACAGGAGAACUCAUACAGGAGAAAAGCCCUUUUCUUGUCCGAUAUGCGGAAAAGGCUUCUCUCGAAUUAGUUGUUUAAACAUUCACAGGAGAAUUCACUCUGGAGAGAAGCCCUUUUCUUGUCCGAUAUGUGGAAAAGGUUUUUCUCAAAGUGGCUAUUUAAACAUUCACAGGAGAAUUCACACUGGAGAGAAGCCCUUUUCUUGUCAAACAUGUGGAAAAUGUUUUAUUCAAAAAGGGCAUUUAAAGGUUCACAGAAAAACUCACACUUGAGAGAGGGCUUUACCCUGUCAGGCGCAUGUUAAAGGCUUUACUGCAAUUAUCUUUGAAUUUAAACAUGGGGGAGAAAAAAAACAACCUUUUACUGUGACACAGAUUUUGUUAAACCUGUCUAGGAGUUACCCCGAAAUCCCACAUCCUCCGUUCCGCCUGCUUCAUUCCAGACAGAAUUCUGGAUCCUCCCAUCUUGCUCCGCUCUGACUUCCUGGGAGCUCGAGGAGCGCAUGCGCUAUAUUUAAUUCAUAGUAACACAAUACGAGGUAAUGAACGCUUCAUUUAAUAUGACAUGAUAAAAAAUCUGCAUUCAACAUUCUUUUCGUUGCGGAUCUUUGUAAUAGGGAUAACUAAGGUUAUACAAAAUCGGUUUGUUCUCUUUUUCCUAAGUCAACAUUUCUUUGUCCAUGUCUGCAAUAAGAAGUUUAUUUUGAGGUUGUGAGGUGCGCUUUUGGAAGAUGUGACUAGAUUUGACAACAUUUUCAAGCCUUUCAGCAUAAAAUAAAUAUGAUCAAGAUGACAAAUCUGCUUCCUGGUAUGCUGAACUACCAAUAGUUUGCAUUCUAUUCUUCUUUUAGGAAUAUAUAUAAAAGUAUGCUCUGAUUUUUAGUUACCAGUCUGUUGUUACCAUGGGCCUGUUUUACUUUGACCAGACCGGAUCUUCUCUAUGUUCUUUUUCCUGUUUGAUCUGAUUGCAAUUAGCCGAUCUUGACCUGACCUGCUUCCAACAGGGCAGUGUGGUGCAUAAAAUGGCUUGUCUCCUUAUCUUUAUGGGGAAAAGGUAAGUGGAUGGUGACGUUCAGAGGAGUAACGGUGGAACAGUGCUCAUUGAUUAACAUGACUGCACAAGUAUUCAGCAGGACGAAUGUGAGCGGAGCGGUGACAGAGGAUGUGGAAUCUGGGGGUCAGGGUGGGAGAUGGAGUUCAUCAGAAUCUAAUUUUAAUAAGGUCUUAAGAAACCUCUCUGAGUCAGCGAACACUUGCAUCUUGGACCUCAUGAACAAACUGACUUUUCUACUUGAUAGGGUUCCACAUCAUAGCUCUUUGCC